CAGAGCGCGCUGACUCUCCAAACACACACACGCACACACGCUGAAGAGCCCAGCAUCAUCAUCAUCGUCCUCCUCCUCAUCUUCUCAUCAGCGUGUGCACGAGCGCUCAGCAUCAUCACUGACAGCAGCGCGAGGGAUUCUCACACAAUGAAACAAACGCGCGCAGCUUCAUCUGAAGGUGGCGUGUGAUUUAAAGGAGAAAAGCGCACGACUGUCCUAUAUGAUGUGCAUCGUUCAGAGACACCGUGUGGUUUUCUCCAGCUCGCCUUGAGCACAAGCGUCUCUCGUUCUCCCGCUCCUUUCUGUCAUGAUGUCGCGGUACCAUCAGCGUUUUGAGCGGGAUUUCCGCAGCGUGUGGGAGCGACGGGAGCGCUGCGCAUCCAACAGCAGCUGCGGCGGAACCGUCAACGGCUGCGUCUCCACCUCUGCCUCCUCCGUCCCCAACAGCGGCAACAACCGUCCCGGCCUCCUGCCCCUGCCCGUCAUCCCCUCGCUGCUGCCCACUCCGGUCACCGGGGCAACCAGCACGGCCAAUAGCGAACUGACCUGCAAGCGAUUAGCCUCCACCUGCACCACCUCGACAACUAAGGUCUCUGGGCACCCGUCGGCAGACACGCAGACUCAGGGCCAGGUCCUGGCUAAUAGCGUCCGGUGGGGACAAACACCCAUUAACCAGUCCACGCCCUGGGACACGGAUGAGCCGCCCGCAAAACAGAUGAGGGAGAAAGAUAUCACAGCUCCUCUAUGGCCGCCGCAAGUCGCUGCUGCCGUCAGCCAGGCUGGACUCUUGGCGCACACGUACGCUCUGCCACAGCCGCCAGCUUACAGCCAGGGCGCGACCGUCCAAGCGCCCAUCGUUGGCGUGACCCCGGCGCUACAAACCCCCCAUCCACAAUUACCCACACACUACCAACUCCCACAGCAGCCUUCACAGCCAAUGACCAGCAUGGUCCUUAACGUCCAGAGCCAGUCCCUCGCCGUCGGCGGCCUGCCUCCAAUGCCCAGCGUCUGCCAGGUCGCCCAUCCCGUCCACACGGUGGUGGGCAACGGCCACUUGACGCAUCCCAUGGUGCAAUCCGCAACCAUGAGCUCCUCGGUGCUGGCCACCAAUGGACCGUUGACGAACGGCCAGCAGGAAACCACCAGUAACGGCUUGCAGAUGCUGAGAACGGUCGGAUUAGGGAAAUACGAGUUCACGGACCCGUGGCAUCCCAAAGAAAUGUUGAAGGAAUUGAACCAGCAGCGGAGAGAGAAAGAGUUUACAGACCUGAAAAUAAUUGUUGAAGGCAAAGAGUUUGAAGUCCAUCAAAAUGUUCUAGCUUCCUGCAGCUUGUAUUUCAAGGACAUGGUGAAAAGGUUAUCGGGGGAGAACAGAAACGGUGAGAAGAUGCAGCUGACAAUGAGCAACAUCAGUUCAGAUGUUCUGGAGCUUCUCCUGGAGUUUGUUUACACCGGCUCCCUCAUUAUCGACUCGGCCAACGCCAAGACCUUACUGGAGGCGGCCAACAAGUUCCAGUUCAACACUUUCUGCAAAGUCUGUGUCUCCUUCCUCGAGAAACAGCUGACGGCCGCUAACUGUCUGGGAGUGUUGGCCAUGGCUGAGGCGAUGCAGUGCACCGAACUUCACAACAUGGCAAAGGCCUUUGCCCUGCAGAACUUCCCCGACGUGGCCGGUCAGGAUGAGAUCCUUAACAUUUCCAAAGAAGACCUGGUUAGCUACAUGUCCAACGACAGCCUGAACACGAAAGCAGAGGAGCUGGUCUAUGAGACGGUCAUUAAAUGGAUUAAAAAGGACCCCAGCAGCAGAGUCCAGCAUGUGUCUGAGCUGUUGGCGGUGGUACGGCUUCCGUUCAUCCAUCCCAGCUACCUGCUGAACGUGGUGGACAACGAGGAGCUGAUCAAAUCUUCAGAGGCCUGCAGGGACCUUGUAAACGAAGCCAAGCGCUACCACAUGCUGCCACACGCCCGCCAAGAGAUGCAAACGCCCAGAACUCGCCCGCGACUAUCUGCCGGUGUCGCUGAGGUGAUCGUGCUGGUGGGUGGGCGGCAGGUCAUCGGCAUGAACCAGCGCUCGCUGACAGCCGUCACUUGCUUCAACCCUCAGAACAACAAGUGGUACCCCCUGGCCAGCCUGCCUUUCUACAACCGCGAGUUCUUCUCCGUCAUAUCGGCGGGGGAUAAUAUCUACCUGUCAGGUGGCAUCGAGUCUGGCGUCACGCUGGCAGACGUGUGGUGCUACAUGUCCCUGCUGGAUAAUUGGAAUCUGGUGUCUCGGAUGACAGUCCCGCGGUGCCGGCACAACAGCGUAGUGUACGACGGCAAGCUUUACGCCAUCGGAGGACUCGGAGUGGCCGGAAACCUGGAUAACGUGGAAAGGUACGACACCAUCACUAACCAGUGGGAGAUGGUGGCUCCUUUGCCCAAACCUGUCCAUUCUGCGGCAGCGACUGUCUGCGGAGGGAAGAUCUAUGUGUUUGGAGGGGUGAACGAGGCCGGCCGCUCUGCUGGAGUACUUCAAUCAUAUGUGCCUCAAACCAACGCCUGGAGCUUUAUUGAGUCGCCCAUGAUCGAUAACAAAUACGCUCCAGCUGUAACUCUGAAUGGAUAUAUCUUCAUCCUGGGAGGAGCGUACGCCAGAGCCACCACCAUCUACGACCCCGAGAAGGGAAACAUCAAAGCAGGACCCAACAUGAACCACUCCAGACAGUUCUGCAGUGCGGUGGUCCUGGACGGGAAGAUCUACGUGACGGGCGGCAUCGUGAGCAGCGAGGGCCCGGCGCUGGGAACCAUGGAGGCCUUUGACCCCUGUGCGAACGUGUGGACGCUACAGCAGAGCAUGCCCUGCCCGCUCUUCAGACACGGCUGCGUGGUUAUUAAGAAGUACAUUCAGAGCGGCUGACGCUGACACGGACGAACACGACUCCACCGUCUAUUGCACACCGGACACCCACUUUCCACACGGCCAGGAUUAGCAGUGCUGAUACCGAAGCCUCGCUCACUUUCUGACACCCACUCGGAAUGUAGAAGCUAAUCUUUUCUGCCGGGCACAAACGGGCCUUCGUGUAAUAUAGCGCACCUGACAGAUGUGUGUCGUGGCUCUAGCCUUAAUGCUCUGCGGCCAUUCAGACUGAACUUUUUUUUUUACCCAAUUCCUUUUUAUCUUCAUUUACACAAUUGCCACUAUUUUAAUGUUUGCAUAACUUUCAUUAAUUUCCUUUGAGCAAUACUGUAAAAUGACAGCGUCUGGUUUCAGUAAUCCGUAUGAUGGUUCACCCAGUCGUAUCGCUCUUUCAUCAUUUCCUCGAAAGCACUUUCUAAUAACGUAGGGGAGACAAAGUUGUCUAACAAGCACUAAAACCUCAUGUGACCUCUUGCACAAGCUCCGCCCUCCUUUGUUACUGUUGCUCAGUCAGACAAACUCUCCCUGCAGAUUUCAAUGCAAUUGUUAGUAAAAUGAGCUCAUGAAGUGGUAAAACGGAUUGGAUGUUAUUCGUACGUGGGCUGGAAUGAAGCGUGACAUUGCAGAGGAUCUUUUAUCUGCCGUUUUGGAUCCGAAACUGAUAAAUUACGCACUAACGUGAUUAAAAACGGCAGAGACUAUGAACGGAGGCUGCCAAAUGCUUCACGCAGUCACUGAAAAGAAAAAGCAAUCACGGCUGAUCACAUUAGUGUAAGUGAACAGAGCUGGUUACGACCGCGGAUACUAUAUCAUCGGAAACAAUAUGCACAUAAAAUGACAUGCGCUUCAAAAAAACAUUUCUUAAUAGAUAUUUAAACAUAUCAACAUUUUAAUCCAAGAUACAUUGACUGCGCCUGAAAAAUGACUUAAGUCUUGUUUUCUGAGAAAUGCAUCAAAAUGAGUUUAUGCUUAAAACAAGAAAAAUGAUCUGUCAGUGGGGUCAGAAAAAUAAACUUAAUUUAAAGGGAAAACAAGAUUAUUUUUCUGACCUCAUUGGCAGACAAUUUUUCCUGCUUCAAUCAAAAAUUCACUUAAUUUUGAUACUUUUUAAACUUUUUUUCCCGAAAACGACUUUAUAAUUAAUGCAGUUUUUCAAAUGUAAAUUGAUGUAGAUUUAAGAAUGUUUAGAUGUUUGUACUGGAAAAUGGGACAUAAUACAAAUAAGUAAUUCUUGUUUUCCACUUAAAAUAUCUUAAAAUAUUUACUACAAAAGCAACACUGCAUAAGAUAUUAGGACUUGUUUUGAAUACAAGUGUAUUUUGUUUCAAUGCCCUGCAUUUUUUCACGUUUUAAGUAUAAACAAGUUAAAAACAAAUGGAAAAAUUUGCAGUAAGACAAAAUACCUGUAUAUUAAAGAUACAAUUAAUGAAUAACAUAUCUUAAUGUCUUAUGCAAGUAGAUUAUCUUUAUCUAUAAAAGAUGCGCUGCAAAAAAAAUGUUCUUAAUAAUUAUUUAAACAUUUAAACAUUUUAAUUCAAGAUAGAUUCACUUUGCCAGAAAAAUGACCUAAGUCUUGUUUUCUGAAAAAUGUAUCAAAAUGAAAUGAGUUUAUGCUUAAAACAAGAAAAAUUAUCUGUUAGUGGGGUCAGAAAAAGAAACUUAAUUCAAAGUGAAAACAGGAUUAUUCAAUCAAAAACUCACUUAAUUUUGAUACUUUUUUUUUUUUUUUUUUGUCAAAAUGAGUCUUGUUUUCCAGUUAAAAUAUCUAAAACCACAUAAAUUUACUAGAGAAGCAACACUGCAUAAGAUAUUAGGAGUUGUUUUUAGAUGUUACAUCUUAAAUACGAGUCUUAAUGCUUAAUUUUUGUCUUAAUGCCCUGCAUAUUUUUUCACGUUUUAAAUAUAAACAAGUUAAAAACAAAUGGAAUAAUUUGCAGUAAGACAAAAUACUCGUACAUUAAAAAAAAGUUCUUAAACAAUAUUUAAACAUUUAAACAUUUUAAUUCCAGAUGGUUUUACUUUCCUAGCAAGUCUUUUUUUUUCUAAAAAAAAUGUAUCAAAAUGAAAUGAGUUUAUGCUUAAAACAAGAAAAAUUAUCUGUCAGUGGAGUUUAGUAAAAUAAACACUUUUUUUUCGGAAAUCAAGACUAAUCUAAUGUAAAUGUAUCUUGAUUUAAAAAUGCUUAGAUGUUUGUAUUGGAAAACCAGACAAAAUACUAUUAAAUAAAUCUUGUUUUCCGGUUAAAAUAUCUACAAAUUUUUGACACCACAUAAAUUUACUAAAGAAGCAACACUGCUAAAAAUAUUAAGACUUGUUUUUAGAGGUUGCAUCUUUUAUACGAGUGCAUUUUGUUUUAAUGCCCUACUUUUUUUUCAUGUUUUAAGUAUAAACAAGUUAAAAACAAAUAAAACUUAUCUGCCAGUGUGGUAAGAUAAAAUACUUGUAUAUUAAAGACUGAAUCUAUGAACAAAACAUAUCUUAUACAAUGUUGUAUGCAGCGUUGCUUCUCAAGUAGAUUUAUCUUGUUCAGGAUUUUCAGAUAUUUUUCGAUUUGACUUUUAAACAAGUCAAAAAAUACUAAUUAAAACAUGUUAAGUUAUUUUCAGCAUUUCUGCCUGACAUCCUACAUGAUAAUUUGGGAAUGAGGGUGACAGUUUAAUUUAUUACUCAAGGUUUAUUUAAAGAUUUGAAAAAUGCAUUUAAAAUUAUUCAGACGUACAGAUCUUCUGCUUGCUUUAGAAAGGAGCAAAAGCUUGUCUGAUAAUAUAAUACACGGCAACAGUUGCUAAGGUAGGACUGGCGAGGGGUCAAUUAUAAUCAGGCCUGGACAGAAUGUGUUUUUUUUGGAAGUCAACAUGAAAUUAACACUGUUUAUUUGUUAUAGUGAAUGAUUCACUGAUGCAUUUUAUUCUAGAGAUGAAACAAAACUGUCUUUCAUCAAACUGGAAUAACUUGAAACAACCUUUGAAACCACUUAUGCUCUUAUCUUGUUUUUCAAUAAAAACUAAUUUACAUGAUAUUAGAAGUUGUUUCAGAGAAUUUACUGUCUUGAAUUAAGUUUAUUUUCCUUCCCCCAUUCGAAAGUGGGUUUAUCCUGCUUUAAGCAAACAUCUAACUAAUUUAGUGAGGUUUAUGCUUAAAACUAGAAAAAACAAAAAGCAACUGGGAAAGAAAAUUUAACUUAAUGCAAGAUAUAUUCACUGCAAACAAAUACUUUCUUUUAACCACCUGCCUGUAUUGUUCACCAUCUUAUUAAUUUGUGAGGGAUAAAAUCAAGCCUACACUACUAAAGUUUUUGAACAGUAACAUUUUUUUUUAUGUUUUUUUUUAAUCUAUUCUGCUCACCAAGCCUGCAUUUAUUUGAUCUAAGUAAAGUUCUGAAAUAUUUUUACUAUUUAAAAUAACUGUUUUCUAUUUAAAUGUAUUUUAAAAUGUAAUUUAUUCUGUGAUUUCAAGGCUGAAUUUUUAGCAUCAUUACUCCAGUCGCAUGAUCCUUCUAAUAUGAUUCUAAUAUUUUUUCAGAUUAUAAUAUAGAUUUUUUUCAGGUUUCUUUGAUGAAUAGAAAGUUCAGAGGAACAGCAUUUAUCUGAAACAGAAAUCUUUUGUAACCUUAUAAAUGUCUUUAUCAUCACUUUUGAUCCAUUUAAAGCAUCCUUGCUAAAUAAAAGUAAUAAUUUAUUUUCCAAAAUUUUAGCUUUGAUCACAGGAAUAAAUUACAUUUUAAAGUGUAUUCAAAUAGAAAGCAGUUAUUUUAAAUAGUAAAAAUAUUUCACAAUAUUACUGCUUUUGAUGUGUUUUGGAGCAAAUAAAUGCAGGCUUGGUGAGCAGAAGAGACUCACUGUUCAAAAACGUUUGACUGGUAGUGUGUGUAGGGAGUGUGUGUAUAUAUAUAUAUAUAUAUACAUAUAUAUAUUUAUAUAUACAAUAUAUAAUGGUGUUUGCUGUUGACUAAAAACUGAGGCAAAUUCUGUCUGGGUCUGAUUAUAACUCACAUCUGCACAAGUUGACAUUGGUAGGUUUAUUAUAAGAUACAAAUCGAACACCGAAGAGUAUAUUUAUGUGAGAUGUGUAAAGACCUUCCUUUGACAGGAAUUGAUGGCGUUUGACUCUGCUCUUUCUCCAUCCACCGCAAGAUCUUUAAUUUAGGGCAUCUUGAAGCGGAACCUGAAGGUGGGCUUGAGCGCCUCGAGCUGGACUGGUAUAACAUUUGUAGCUUGAUUUUUCUUUUCUUUUCUUUGGACUGUUUCACUCUUUUCUUGCACGCAGCCAAAGCACAAAACACCUGAGACUCGGAGAGAAAACAGGAAGCGUUUGCCUUCAUUUCCUCUGCAUUGCCAAACCACCAAACGGUGAAGACAGCGGGACGCACGCUGUCAGACAGGGAGGACGAUUCUCUGUAACACGAAAGUAAUUAAAGUUUAUUUUAGGACCUUUACAUGUCAACAAACUGUUUCUAGACAAAAUGUAUAUAUAGUAUGUUGAAGAAAUGUUAUGUACAAAACACAAGCUGUUAUUGCUUGAAUUAAUGAUGCUGUUGCAUCAUUAGUUAAGACAAUAACACGUAUGCAAAAUACAAUGUACAUUCGUAA